CGCAAUACCUCAUGCUCGACACUGCGGCAUAUAAACCAUUUGUCCAAGCAUUCAGGUCUCAUGUUAAAAUGCGGCCCAUAAACACCACUGGAAUUGUAAACUUUGAGCUGUGUUAUAAAGUGAAGAGGCCACCAUCGAGAUUUCCCGCACUGGUGUUCCAUUUUGAAGGUGCGGAUUGGGAGAUGCCGUUGAAGAAUUACAUGGUGUUUGAUGAGGAGUCGGGGUUGUUUUGCCUAAUGGUGAUCGAGUCACCGGGGAUGUCGACAUUUGGGAAUGUGCAGACCCAGAAUAUGCAUGUGUUGUAUAAUUUGGAGAAGGAUCAGCUCUCCUUUGCUCCAGCCAAAUGCGAUAAGCUUUGAAUGGAUGGAGCGUGUGAAUUAGAUGUUUUGGAAACUGUUGUGCGAUUCUGUGUGCUCUUGUAAGGGGAUCAAUAAUGGCAUGUGGAAAGAAAGUGUUCUAUUAUAUAUCUAAUGACUAAUGCUAUUCUCAUUGGAAGAA